GAUGCAAGAGAAACCAGACUGAUGUGGUUGGUCAUUUACCAAAACUCUCUGAAGCAAACCCUUGUGACAUCUCUGGCCACUUGUAGAACCCUGGGCGGAAAGGUUAGUCUGAGGAUAUGGGUUGGCAAAUGGGUUAGCAGAAAAGCCACGAAGACAGCUGGGGAUUUAGCUGCUCUUUGCCCACCGCAGCACAGGGCCCACCCUCCAGGUGCGCCCUGCACUAUGGACUCCCCAGGGUAUAACUGCUUCGUGGACAGAGCCAAGAUGGACGCUGCCAUCCAGGACCUGGGACCCAGGGAGCUGAGCUGCAUGGAGCUGCAGGAGCUCAAGCAGCUGGCUCGCCAGGGCUAUUGGGCCCGCAGCCAUGCCCUGCGGGAGAGGGUGUACCAGCGCCUGAUCCGGGACAUCCCCUGCCGCACGGUCACUCCCGAUGCCAGUGUGUACAGUGACAUAGUGGGCAAGAUCGUGGGCAAGCACAGCAGUGGCAGCCUGCCACUGCCCGAGUUUGUGGACAACACCCAGGUGCCCAGCUACUGCCUGAAUGCACGGGGCCAGGGUGCUGUACGCAAGAUCCUGCUGUGCAUCGCCAACCAGUUCCCCGACGUCUCCUUCUGCCCCGCCCUGCCCGCCGUGGUGGCCCUGCUGCUGCACUACAGCAUCGACGAGGCUGAGUGCUUCGAGAAGGCCUGCCGCAUCCUGGCCUGCAAUGACCCCAGCAGAAAGCUCAUUGACCAGAGCUUCCUGGCCUUCGAGUCCUCCUGCAUGACUUUCGGGGACCUGGUGAACAAGUACUGCCAGGCGGCUCACAAGCUCAUGGUGGCCGUGUCGGAGGACGUGCUGCAGGUCUAUGCUGAUUGGCAGCGCUGGCUGUUCGGGGAGCUGCCCCUCAACUACUUUGCCCGCGUCUUUGAUGUCUUCCUCGUGGAAGGUUACAAGGUGUUGUACCGCGUCGCACUGGCAAUCCUCAAGUUCUUCCACAAGGUGAGAGCCGGGCAGCCACCGGAGUCGGCCAGUGUGAAACAGGACAUCCGCACCUUUGUCAAGGACAUCGCCAAGACCGUGUCUCCCGAGAAGCUGCUGGAGAAGGCGUUCGCCAUCCGCCUCUUCUCGCGGAAGGAGAUUCAGCUGCUGCAGAUGGCCAACGAGAAAGCGCUGAAGCAGAAGGGCAUCACAGUCAAGCAGAAGAGUGUUUCACUCUCUAAAAGGCAGUUUGUGCACUUGGCCGUCCACGCGGAGAACUUCCACUCAGAGAUUGUCAGUGUGAAGGAGAUGAGAGACAUCUGGUCCUGGGUCCCUGAGCGGUUCGCCCUCUGCCAGCCUCUCCUGCUCUUCUCCUCGCUGCAGCAUGGAUACAGCCUGACCAGGUUCUAUUUCCAGUGUGAAGGACACGAGCCCACCCUCCUCCUCAUCAAGACCACACAGAAAGAGGUCUGCGGAGCUUACCUGUCAACAGACUGGAGUGAAAGAAAUAAAUUCGGGGGCAAACUUGGCUUCUUUGGGACUGGGGAGUGCUUCGUGUUUAGGCUGCAGCCUGAGGUCCAGCGUUACGAGUGGGUGGUCAUCAAACACCCAGAGCUCACCAGGCCAGUGUCCCUGGAGACCACCACCCUGUCCCCGCUCUGCCACUCCGCAUCCUCAGAGCCCACUGACCGCCUCUCACCUUUCCUGGCUGCCCGGCACUUCAACCUGCCCUCCAAGACCGAGUCCAUGUUCAUGGCCGGGGGCAAUGACUGCCUCAUCAUAGGCGGAGGCGGCGGCCAGGCGCUCUAUAUUGAUGGGGACCUGAACCGGGGCCGCACAGGCCACUGCGACACUUUCAACAACCAGCCUCUCUGCUCAGAGAACUUCCUCAUCACUGCCGUGGAGGCCUGGGGCUUCCAAGACCCUGACACUCAGUGACGGGCCUAUGCCAAUGGGCCUGAAGCCUUUGCUGAGCCUCAACGUGGGCUCAUCUGAAGAGGCCGCCUAGGAUGGCCACGGAAGGGUCCUCUGUGACUGACCCCAGACCAGCCAGCUGCAUUUCCAGAGGCCUGUCCAGUGAAGCCGGAACCCAAGGGGGCUUCUUAAGACCCCUCCUCUUGCGCCUGGGGCCUCCUUAGCUGCCCUGCAGUCUCUGUGGCAGCCCCAGGAGCUGGUCCAGACCCCUCAGCGUGGCAUGCUCAUCUUGGUCCAGCCCUGUCCACCUCUCCUUCAGGCCUCAAACUCCUGCAUGCUGGGUGCCGGGCUGCACCCCCGCAGCUCCCUGCCCAUGCAGCACCUUCCCCACUCACCCCUCCCCUCACAGCAUGUGUCCUGCCUCUGCAUCCCUCGCAGGGCGGUGCUGUGGUAAGCCACGUAGCUUGGCAGUUGUGCUGCCACCUCUCCCUUCUUCCCCACCCCACCCCGUCCAUGCCCUAGGCACGGUAGGUGCCAAGGGAAAACUUGCCAGUCUCCCACCCCAUGACCUCCCUCAGUUGGUCCUGAGGGCCUGGGCACCCCAGAAGGAGGAGGGGAAGGCUGGGGCCCUGGCUGCCUGAGCUACAGGUGCUGGGGGUCAUGCUCCCUAUCCAGUCCCCACUUGGCUCCAGCCAGGCCCCUCAGCACCCCAGGUGCCACGCCCCUGCUGUCUCCACAUCCUGCUUGCCCUUCCCAUGGACACUGGUUCUCCCCGCCCCUGCUCAGAUCUCCCAGCGGGGCUGCAGUGGUGCAGGAGGAAGCACCAGGAGCCGGUGUGGCUUUGAGCUAGCCAGUGAAUCUGCCUGGAACUCAGUUUCCCCAACUGUAAAAUGGAGCCAGUCAUCCUGCUCUUCUGUCCCCACGGGACUGUUGAGAAGCUCAGAGGGGGACAGUGCAAAUCCCUGGUGAGGGGAGAGGUGCUGGGAGGUGCUGUCACUGCUCCCCUCCCCUCCAGACCCCUGCAGCCCUUACCGUCCCCUUCCUCUGGGCCCCCAGAACUCUCCUGUACUGCCGACUUUGGUGUUCAUUAAACACGGUCUCAUUACAUGAA